AUGUCCGAUAUCACUGAGAAGAUCCUGUCACAAUCUAGCCAGGUGCAGCUGCGCCAACUGAUCAAGGAGGACCCUGUGGACGGGUGGGACAAAGCUUGGCAGAACGAAGUGACGCCGUGGGAUGCCGGAGAGGCGCAGCCGCCCCUGCGAUCACUGCUAGCUUCCGGUCUGCUGGACCUGCCGGAGACAGGAAAGGCAUUUGUCCCCGGAUGUGGCAGGGGAUACGACGCACUCACUAUCGCAUCCUUACUUGGCUAUGAGACACUGGCGACCGAUAUUUCGCCUGCCGCUGUAGAGGCCGCGAAGAAGUUCGUGGCAUCUAUGAACAACCCCGCCUCGUCGAAGGUGAGGCUGGAGGUCAAGGACUUCUUCGUGGAACAGGGACCAUAUGAUCUCGUAUACGACUAUACAUUCUUUGUGGCCCUGCCGCCAUCGCAGCGCGGGGACUGGGGUCGCCAAAUGACGGCACUCGUAAAGCCAGGCGGAUACUUGGUCACGCUACUCUUCCCUAUCCUUGACCAGCCUCAGGACGUGGGCCCCCCUUUCAGGGCGAGACACGAGGAUUAUGUGCAAGCGUUGGGCAGUGGCUGGCAGAAAGUCGUGGACGAGGUGCCGAAGGACAGCUUGCCUACGCAUCAGGGAAUAGAGAGACUACUUGUAUGGAAGUUGCUGUGA